AUGGGCUCCCAAUAUGACGCUGAAGCCCCUGCGGACACGGCUUCUUUCGCAGCAAUUCUCUUCGACAUGGACGGGACUAUCAUCGACACGACCUCUGCCAUUGUUGAGCACUGGCACAGAAUUGGAAACGAAAUCGGCGUUCCACCUGAGACUAUUUUGGAAACAUCUCACGGACGACGAAGCAUUGAUACGUUGAAGCUGGUGGCGCCUCACAAGGCAAACUGGGAGUACGUCAAGGAGGUUGAAGCAAAGCUGCCGGAGCUAUACGGGCAUCUGGUAGAAGAGAUACCCGGAGCUCGAAAGUUUCUUGAGGCUGUGGCGCAGUGUCCUAAACCGUGGGCUAUCGUGACAUCUGCGUCAGAGCCCCUCGCUUCAAGAUGGAUCUCGCAAUUGUCACUCCCCGUGCCAGAUCAUCUUGUCACAGCAGAGCUGGUAGAGAACGGAAAGCCAGAUCCUUCAUGCUAUGAACUCGCAUUAAAGCAGCUUGACUUGGUAGGGCGAUCGGAUGAGACACUUGUUAUUGAGGAUAGCCCAGCGGGUAUAAUUGCGGCCAAAGCAGCAGGUUGCAAGGUUUUAGCGCUUCUGACGACUCACUCGGAAGACCAGGUAUCUGCAGCAAAGCCUGACUGGGUGGUGAAGGAUCUCCUGUCUGCUAAGGUCUUCCACUAUCAAAAUGGCAAGAUAAUUGUGAAAUUUCACGAUCACAAAUAG